AUGGAGAUGGCCACAGUGCGCCAGGACGGCGGUGGCAGUGGCGUUGCUUGUGGCGAGAAUCUGACGUGUCCUGAAACCUUCCACCCCCGGGGCUGCCCCAGCGUCGCCGGCCCCUAUAUAGUCCGGCCCAGGGUCCCCGAGCCGCCACAGCCCCCGGCACACUCGUGCCCAGCCCGGCGGCAGCAUGGAGCGGAGCCCACUCGAGUCAAGGUUGGGGACCUGGACAAGGAUGUGGUGCUGAGCUGCAAGGAACCACCCGAGACCUGGCAGCUGAAUGGGGACCCGGACCCCAUGGUGGAGCUGGUGCCAGCUGGGACAGAGCUCACCGUGGUGGGGCUGGACCUGCCGGCCACCGGCAACUACACGUGCUGGGCCCACGGCCGCCUGCUCGACACCACCUUCCUGGCCAUGCGCAGCACCCCGGGUCGCCUCAUCCACCGGCUCUCAGAUGAGCAGGUGAAGGCGGUGUCCUGCCAUGCCGAGUCCUACUGUGGCACCUUCAAAUGCGAGUGGAGAGCCCUGGAGCAUGCCUUCUUCCGCGCCCGCAUCUUCCGCAGUGGUGAGAGCCCCGGGGCCUGGCAGUGCACGGGCCUGGAGCAGCGGGGUCUGGUCAACAUGGACUUUGUGGAGCCCGGCUUCUGCCCCUUUGCCGAGGAGAUGCAGCCUCUGGUGCUGGAGCUGCAGGCGCUGACGAGGCACCACUUAUUCGAAGACUUCAGGCUGCGCCUCUUCCUGCGUGAUAUCGUGCGCCCCGAGCCCCCACAGAACGUGACAGCGUGGCGCGAGGGGCAGCAGCUGCACCUGGCCUGGGCCCCGCCGGCCUCCUGGAGCCACCCGCACUCCUACUUCACCCUGCGCUACCGCCUGCAGUACAAGCACCACGAUGGCUCUAUGGGCAAUCUGCAGCUGGAGACUGUGCAGGAGAUACAGCUGGCAGGGGCUGUGCGCCAGGUGCGCCUCAGCUGCCAGGACCCCUUUGCCAACUCCAGGUGGAGUGCCUGGACACCCUGGAAGGACGUGUGA